CGAAUCGAGUCUGAUUCGUUCGGGGAGAUCGAGGUGCCUUCGUGUAAGCUUUAUGGAGCACAAACAGCGCGAUCUAUGAAGAACUUUGCCAUCGGCGAUGAAUCGCACCGGAUGCCGAUACAGGUGAUCCGAGCGUUCGGGGUCCUCAAGAAGUGUGUAGCAAACUACAACAAGAAACAUGGGAAGUUGUCUCCUGAAGUAGCAGAUGCCAUCAUGAUGGCGGCAGAUGAGCUUGUAGCCGGCAAACUGGAUGAGCACUUUCCUCUUUCAAUCUAUCAAACAGGCUCAGGGACGCAAACCAACAUGAAUGUGAAUGAAGUUAUUGCCAACAGGGCUAUACAGCUGCUGAAGGGAGAGGUCGGAAGCAAGCAUCCUGUCCAUCCCAAUGAUCAUGUGAAUAUGGGUCAGUCCACAAACGACUCGUUCCCAUCCGCCAUGCACAUAGCUGCGGUCGUCAUGAUCGUUCAGCAUCUGAUCCCAGCUCUUGAGGGCCUCCACGCGUCGCUCAAGAGGAAGGAGGAGGAGUUCGCUCAUAUCGUCAAGAUCGGUCGAACGCACUUGCAGGACGCGACGCCUCUCACUCUCGGUCAGGAGAUUUCCGGUUAUGCCAAACAGAUAGAGAAUGGUAUCGCCAGGCUUCGCUCCUCUCUUCCCUGUCUUUGCGAGCUGGCGCUAGGAGGAACAGCUGUGGGCACUGGUCUGAAUUGUGAAGAAGGAUACGAUAAAGAGAUCGCAGAGAUCAUCUCGCAAGAGACUGGCCUCCAGUUUCUCUCUGCCCCCAACAAGUUCGAGUCCCUCGCCGCUCAUGACGCUCUCGUCCAAACUUCAGGGUGCUUGAACACGCUGGCUUGCUCGCUCAUGAAGAUCGCAAACGAUCUUCGGUUGCUCGGAUCCGGGCCUAGAUCAGGGUUGGGAGAGUUGCUGCUUCCUGCCAACGAACCUGGAUCGUCGAUAAUGCCAGGUGAG